AUGCGCGAUCGCGUUGAGUAGACAAAAUUCAAACUGGACGGCGGGUAGUUGAGGAAGACUGUAGAAAAACAACAAAGCUUCUCCAUCGUCGAGGGUUUGAUCAAAAGUAGAGAAAAUGACCAGCACGUUGAAAGGAAUCACUCUGAAGGGGAGCGCGGAGCUGGUGGCAGAGUUCUUCUCGUAUGGCAUCAACAGCAUCCUGUACCAGCGAGGGAUCUAUCCCCCGGAGAUGUUCAGCAGAGUCACUCACUACGACAUGAGCCUUCAACUCACCACCGACGACAAACUGAAAACCUACCUGACCAAGGUGGUGUCUCAACUCAAAGAGUGGCUGUUCGAGUGCACCGUGCAGAAGCUGGUGUUGGUGAUCACGUGUUUGGAGACCAACGAGAUUUUGGAGAGAUGGCAGUUUGACAUCGAGUGUGACAAGUCGGCCAAGGAGAGCAGCGCUCCCAGAGAGAAGUCCAUUAAGACCAUCCAGGACGAGAUCCGCUCCGUCAUCAGACAGGUCACCGCCACCGUCACCUUCCUGCCGCUGCUGGAGACGCCAUGUGCCUUCGACCUCCUCGUCUACACCGACAAAGACAUGGAGGUUCCUGAGAAGUGGGAGGAGUCUGGGCCGCAGAUCAUCGACCAGUCAGAGGAGGUGCGCCUGCGCUCCUUCACCACCUCCAUCCACAAAGUCAACAGCAUGGUGGCGUACAAGAGGACCGACUCAGUGUGAACCUCCACGUCCUGCAGCCUGUACAUAACAUCAACCACUGCCCUCGUAGACGCCUGUAGUUUUUACACCGCCCGGUCCUGCCUCACGUCUGUCUUCUUUCUUUGCUAUUCUUGACCUUUUGAGACGAACACGCAGCUUCCUGUCGUCUCAUCUGAUGUAAAUAUUUCUCAUAAACACUGGUUUAAAAGAACAUAAAGAACUUGACCUUAAGUGUUUCCCUCUUUUCUCUCUGUUUUAGAAGCUAGUGGUUUAUAUGUGAAACUUUUAUAAAAUGUCAAAUAAACUUCUUUCACUGAG